AUGCCCAUCAUUCAGGAUGAUCUCGAUCACAACACCUUGGUCGAGGGGCUCAAGGUUGCUGAUGACCCCAGGGGCAGCAUUUCACCAGCCAAACCCGCCAAGAUUGUCGACCCCGACAGCCGCCCUGUCCACGCUGAGCACCAACACCAGCCCCAGCACCUCUACCACCAUCACCAUCGUAGACGACUUUCUGAGGAGAGCAUUCGAACUGAGUUAUGUGAGGGCCCAAUCCCCGACAGCCCGACGCCACCCACCCCAGAGCGUCCCCAGUCCCAGACAGAUACGUCUGAGCUGAUUGAGAGGUUCCGGACCCCCGCCUACCUUCGCUCCCGGCGUCCUUCCUUCAGCUCAGACACCUCGCCUCUCCAGCACGCCUCCAUGGUAGGCUCGUAUGAGGAGAGCAUCCUUCGCGGCCGCAUGUCGACAACGCCCUCCAAGCCCAUCGAGUUUCUGGCGCAAAUCGGGGUCUUGGGCCUGGGCAAGUGCAAGGCAAGCCUCAGGUGUCCGCCCCACGUGACGCUGCCAUUCCCGGCCGUCUAUUACAGCUAUGGUAGCAACGUUCCUGGCCGUCCCGGCUUUGAGGACGGCCCUAGCCCCGCCCCUGGUGGCAGCUAUCGAAUCCCGGAGAAGGGUCGGAUCCAAAUCGUCAUCAAGAAUCAAAACAAGACUGCCGUCAAGCUUUUCCUAGUCCCUUACGAUUUGUCUGGCAUGGAGCCCGGUACCAAAACCUUUAUCCGCCAGCGUAGUUACUCUGCCGGCCCCAUCGUCGACGGUCUACCUCAAGAGAUUGCUGCCGCGGAUGAACGCCCUAUUCUCCGCUACCUUGUCCACUUGCACAUCUGCUGUCCCUCUAAAGGUCGUUUCUAUAUGUACAAAAGCAUACGUCUCGUUUUUGCCAACCGUGUUCCGGACGGCAAGGUGAAGCUCCGCAACGAAACCACAUGGCCCGAGCCUCGCUUCUCGCCCUACAAGCCUAUACGCGCCACUGCCGUCGCAAGUAUCGGGUUCACCAUCCCCUUUAAUUUCGCGUCGCCUAGCGAUCUGCCCGUGGAUCCCGUCCCCUUCCGUUUCCCGUCGAGAAAUAGGAUGGACAGCGAGGCUAGUGCAAGUUCGGACGCGACCGGCGCAGCCAUGCAGUCUCCCGAUGCCCCACGGCGCGCGGACCUAGGCGGUGAUGCUCAUUGGGAGAUUGGGCGUUACGAGAAACUAAGUAAAGGUGAUGUCGGCUACGGAGGGAAUGCCUUUGCCGCGAGCGCCUCUGGGAGUCCCGGGGAGGAGGGCCUCUUGUCUCAGAGGCUCCGGUCUCUUGGCGUUGAACAGCGACAAAACCUACAACACCAAGAACGGUGGGAGCCACGGUGA